CACAGCUCACAGCAAUACUGUAUCCCGCUGAGUGAGGCCAGGGAUUGAACCACCAACCUUAUGGAUCCCAGUCGGGUUCGUUAACCACUGAGCCACGAAGGGAACGCUGAAGGCUGGCUUAUCAUAAGGUAAGAGAUAAAUGGGGCUGGGAAGAUAAAUGGGGCUGGGAAGCUGACAUUAAGGCACUGGGUGCUCAGAGACUCCACUACGGCUGAGCUGAAGCCUGAGGGGAGUGAGAGUCGUUGUCCACGGUGCUGAAGCUCGUGAAAGGAAGUGCAGCAGGGCUCUCCAAGUUUCCGAAGUUGAAACUGCCUGUGGGAUUCCUGAGAUUGGACGUGGGGGGUAUGCUUUGGUUCCAGUCAUCCUGGCCUAUCUGGCUGACAGGGAGGAGCACUAAAAUCAUACCUCCUGGGUUGCCCCAGCUGCUUACCUUCCCACUGCCACCUCAGGCUCAAUACAAAUCUAGGAGAAAAAAAUCUGAGCUCCAACUCGCCCCACAUCUACCCCCUCCAGAGUCUUCCCUAAACUACAUGACCUCUUGGCAGUGCGGCGGGCUGGGAAAAGGCAGCGACCAGCGGUGGCACUGUCCAAGGCGGAAGCAAGAAAAGGACCAGAGAAGAUGAGGAGAGAGUUGGAACCUGGCUGGCCAAGGCCUGAGCUCAGAUCCCAGCCGAGAUCUCGAGAGUCACCUCCCUGUAGCCGUAAAUAUCGUUCGCGCGCCCCCGUGUGGUCUUAGAGGAGCCAUGCUUGAGGAGCUCAUUCUAAAGGGAUGUUGCCAAAUUAAGUGGCAAGUCUUCGUGGAGUUCAGAGGUGACUCUAGCCUUAUAAAUGUAGGGUUUUCAGGCAAAAAUACGGGAUCCCAGUCGGAGGAGUGGGGUCCCCUUAGGCUCUCUCAGUAGUGUGAAGACGUAAGUGGGUCCUGGAAUGAUUUACUUUGGGUAUUACCAGAUAGGAAUGAGCCCAGGAAAGGAGACAGAGCCGGGACUGUAGGUAAGGGGGCUUCUACCAGCAUUUGGCUGACAACGUUUAUAGGAGAGUGUAACCCACCAGACCAGGACACAGGGACAUAAAACAAACAGUUACGAGAAAAGGGGAUUCAGCAGAGCCGGAAGACAGAGAUCAGUAGGGGCACAUCCUUGCCAUCCCUUUGCCACCCCAAUAUACUGGUCAGUUCCUCCUCUUCCCUCCUACUCUCGCUCCCAUUGGUCCAGGAAGUAUGCAAGUGUGGGGAGUUGCCAUGACAACUAGGUCCUCUUACCCCUUCACAUCUCCGUGUGGAAAUGGGAGGAGGAGAGGUGUGGCAGGCAGAGAAGGAGGUGAAGCAGGGCAAUAAAAGAUAAUGUUCAUUCCCUCUCCUGCUCCUAUUUCAAAAGCCGUGGGAGCCCCCCCUUCCCCAUCAGAAAUUCAGAAGAAACGUUCCCAAAAAGGCUGUGAGGAGAGUCUGUGCUGCCCCUCCCCCGCCCCGCCCCAGGCUGGGAACUUUGCGAGCUGGUGCUUCAGCUGAUGAAUCCAGGGAGAGUUCCCCUUGUACGGCCAGGAGAAGGCAGAGGAGAACCGAAUGGAGCUCUGUGGUCUGGAACCCUGGUCCUGUGGGUCCGGCCCUCCCGCACCGCCCACGCGGGGCCCACUCACUUGGGGGCGGAGACCAGACCGCCACGCGCCUUGGGGGCGGAGCUUGGCCACUGUGCUCACUGCUGGACCAUGAACCGAUGCCCCCGCAGGUGCCGGAGCCCGUUGGGGCAGGCAGCGCGAUCCCUCUAUCAGCUUGUGACUGGGUCACUGUCGCCAGACAGCGUGGAGGAUGAGUUUGAACUGUCCACUGUGUGUCACCGGCCUGAGGGUCUGGAGCAGCUGCAGGAGCAAACCAAGUUCACACGCAAGGAAUUGCAAGUCCUAUACCGGGGCUUCAAAAACGAGUGUCCCAGUGGAAUUGUCAAUGAGGAGAACUUCAAGCAGAUUUACUCCCAAUUCUUUCCUCAAGGAGACUCCAGCACAUAUGCCACUUUUCUCUUCAAUGCCUUUGACACCAACCACGAUGGCUCCGUCAGUUUUGAGGACUUUGUGGCUGGUCUGUCGGUGAUUCUUCGGGGAACCACAGAUGAUAGGCUGAACUGGGCCUUCAACUUGUAUGACCUCAACAAGGACGGCUGCAUCACCAAGGAGGAAAUGCUCGACAUCAUGAAGUCCAUCUAUGACAUGAUGGGCAAGUACACGUAUCCUGCACUCCGGGAGGAGGCCCCGAGGGAACAUGUGGAGAGCUUCUUCCAGAAGAUGGACAGAAACAAGGAUGGUGUGGUGACUAUUGAGGAAUUCAUUGAGUCUUGUCAAAAGGACGAGAACAUCAUGAGGUCCAUGCAGCUCUUUGAUAAUGUCAUCUAGCUCCCCAGGAGCGGGGCUCAGUUGUCCUGGGGGGACCAUGGUCUAGCCCUAGUCCAGGUGGAUCUCACGCUUCUCUUCCCAGGUCUGUCCUCAUCCUAGCCCUACCCUGGGGGCUGUCGGAAUCCAAGAGCCUGGGGAUUCAAUGGUCCAGAUUGCUGGAGCUGAGGGGGCCCGGGAGUGGGCAGAGUGUAUCUGUGGGAUGUCCCUCUCAGCAGUGCCCCUUUCCUGCCUGAAACUCAGUGCUGAGGGUGCACCUGCUAUGGGAAUGGAGUGGUCCUCCCCUUCCUACCCCCACUGGAGAAACCACAACACUAGACGAAAUGUCUCCUGCUAUGGUGCUUCCCCAUCCCUGAUCUCAUAAACAUUUCCCCUAAGACUCCCUUAUCAGAACGGCUCUUCUGUCUUUGGCACAGACUGGGCUUUCAACCAGGGCCUUUGAGAGCCCCGUAGGAGGCGGACAAGAAUGCAGAGGGAGUACUCUUGGGCCUGAGCCAGGGGUGGCUGGGAUAGAGAGUAUAAAGGCCCUGGGAUGGUCCUUGAGAACAUGCCACCCUGUAGCGCUGAGCUCUUCAGGUCUGCUACCAAGCCAUUAGAACGUGGGUUUGGGGAUGCUUCAGAAGGCCUUGGUUCCUUGGAAAUACCCCCAGAAAAUUUUCCUACACACCUCAGUAUCCCAGGAGAGUCUGGGAUCCUGGUGUUUGGCUCCCCCCUGGAAUUCCUUCCUCUUCUUCCUUCCUGUUGGUAUGCUGAGGUGGUGGUGGCAGCAGCAGGGGGGAAGAGGGGUGGGAGCUGUCCUGGCUAAUACCUGCCAAAGUUUUAGCCUACCCUGUCUGGUGGCUACAAGUUUUCAGUUGCCAUGUCCUCUAGACUUGGAGGAAUGGAAUAUGUCAGGGACCACCCAGUGGAUGCCUAAGAAGAGAAAGGCAGGAAGGAGGUAGGCGAAGUAUUUGAACCCAGUGUGGGGGCAUUUAUUAGAAUCUUUGAUCUACCCAGGCUCUAUUCCUGCCCCCCACAUAGCCUCCUCACUUCCCACCUAGUCUCCUCUUGCUCUGUCCAAUCUACCCAGAGUUGCCCUCGAGCACACCUUGAAGGCAGGGACCAUAGGGCCCGGGUCCCACCUCACCGUCAGCACCCCUGCCAUGCUGCCACCCCUUAAUAUAUCUGCUUGUCCCAUUUAGCUCACUCUCCCAGUCAGCUGUGAUCUGAGGGGGGGGGGCACCCUCAGAGAGCCCCCUUUCCCAUCAGAACACUAUUGACUGCUUUGCAUUUUUGGUUCCUCUGUAUAUUUUGUAAUUAAGAAAUACACCAGAUCCAAUAAAACACAAUGGCUAUGCA